UACGACAGCUCGCUGCUUCCUCUCCUCUUGGUUGUGUUGGUUACUUAUCCUGCCCGCAACCAAACAUUAACGUUAGUUAGCUAACUAACUAUUUCAACCACGGCACUUGAUGUUUCCUCGUAGUUUCCGUUCGUAGUAAAAAUGGCUUUUGUUUCACACAGUCAGAGAGAGCCAAACGGAAGUUACACUUUCUCAAGCCGACCCAGACCUGUGGAGAACCGCUCCAAGUACAGAGAGCCUCCGUCUGAACAGACACACAGUAACUAUGGAAACAUUAUGUAUGACCGUCGUGUUGUCAGAGGAAACACUUAUGCCCAACACAUUAUACCAACUACGGCUCAGCCGGACCCUGUUGAAAUACAAAGACAGCAGGAGCUCAGGAGGAGAGCCAUUGCUCGAAAACGAGCCAGGGAGCAGUUCAGACCCAGGACUCCUGAGGCCCUGCAGGGCAGGAAACACAUUGAUGUACAGACAGAGCUUUAUCUUGAAGAACUGAGUGAUGUUAUAGUGGCUACAGAUAUCGAGUGUCAGACUGAUGCUUUCCUGGACAAACCAGCAACCCCACUCUUCAUACCUGCCAAAUCUGGCAAAGAUGUUGCAACCCAGAUAGAGGAAGGAGAGCUGUUUGACUUCGACAGGGAGGUGCAACCAUUGUUGGAGGUCCUGGUGGGUAAGACAAUAGAGCAGUCUCUGGAGGAGGUGAUGGAGGAAGAGGAGCUUGCCUGCCUGAGGGCCCAGCAGAGGGCCUUCGAAGAGCUCCGAAAUAACGAGCUGGCAGAGGUGCGGCGGCUUCAGGAGCAGGAGAGACGCCACAGUGAGGAGAAAGCACGUAGAAUUGCCCAGCAGAAGGAGGUGCUGCAGAAGGAAAAAGAGACUGCAGAGAAGAUCGCUGCCCGGGCCUACACUCAGCAGUACCUGGCUGACCUCAUACCUGCAGUCUUUACCUCACUGAGAAGCCACGGCUACUUUUAUGACCCCGUGGAGAAAGAUAUUGAGACUAAUUUCCUCCCAUGGCUGAUGUCAGAGGUGAACAACAGCUUGGAGAAGAGACACACAGCAAGGGCGGUGCUGGACACGAUCAUCCAUGAUGUCGCCCAGAAGAGAGUGGAGAGGUUCAAAGAGAAGGACACACAGUGAUAAUGAUUCACAGGCAAAGGUCAAGGACACAAGUGCAUUUUUAAAAAUAUGAAAUAAUAAAUGUUUUAUCACUGAC